UAUGAAGAGUCUUGUCUUCUUGAACAUGAGAGGAUGCACGUCUCUUCGAAAUAUUCCAAAGGCGAAUCUGAGCUCUCUGAAAGUUCUCAUACUCAGCGACUGCUCAAGGUUUCAGGAAUUUCAAGUGAUUUCAGAAAAUUUAGAAACUUUGUAUUUAGAUGGCACUGCACUGGAGACACUUCCUCCAGCCAUUGGGAAUCUUCAGAGACUUGUUUUGUUGAAUUUGAGAAGCUGUAAAGCGCUGGAGCAUCUUCCUAGUUCUCUUAGAAAGCUAAAAGCUCUUGAAGACCUAAUACUCUCUGGUUGCUCAAAGCUCAAGAGUUUUCCAACGGACACAGGAAACAUGAAACAUUUGCGGAUCUUACUGUAUGAUGGCACAGCGCUAAAAGAGAUUCAAAUGAUAUUGCACUUCAAAGAAUCACUCCAGCGUUUAUGCUUGAGUGGAAAUAGCAUGAUCAACCUGCCAGCUAACAUCAAACAACUUAAUCAUCUGAAGUGGCUUGACUUGAAGUACUGUGAGAAUCUCAUAGAGCUUCCCACACUUCCUCCAAACCUUGAAUACUUAGACGCACAUGGAUGUCACAAACUGGAACAUGUUAUGGAUCCGCUGGCCAUUGCUUUGAUCACCGAGCAGACUUGUUCUACAUUCAUUUUCACUAACUGCACAAAUCUGGAAGAAGAUGCAAGGAACACUAUCACAUCCUAUGCAGAACGGAAAUGCCAGCUACACGCAUGUAAGUGUUACGAUAUGGGUUUUGUUUCGAGAGCAUCCUUCAAGACAUGCUUUCCUGGAUGUGAAGUUCCCUUAUGGUUCCAGCACCAAGCUGUCGGAUCAGUGUUAGAGAAAAGGCUGCAACCAAAUUGGUGUGACAAUCUGGUUUCUGGUAUAGCACUGUGUGCUGUUGUCUCAUUUCAGGAUAACAAACAGUUGAUCGACUGUUUCUCAGUGAAAUGUGCCUCGGAGUUCAAAGACGACAACGGUUCUUGCAUCAGCUCUAAUUUCAAAGUAGGAAGUUGGACCGAACCGGGAAAAACUAACUCAGACCAUGUAUUUAUCGGCUACGCCAGUUUCUCAAAAAUCACAAAACGUGUAGAGAGCAAGUACUCGGGUAAGUGUAUACCCGCAGAAGCGACACUUAAAUUCAAUGUGACUGAUGGUACACAUGAAGUGGUGAAGUGUGGGUUUAGAUUGGUAUAUGUGGAACCAAACAACCUUCUUAGCAAAGAAAAAUCUUCAUCAGGACAGUUUAGUUGUGGUGAGAAAAUCACUGGUUGCCUCAUUGUGGGGUUUUUGUAUGUAUUUAUGUUAUAUCCUUUGAAAUUCUUGAUGUAUGGUUGCCCGGUCAUUGCUUGUUGUGGAUUCUUUGGGACAUUGUUUCUUCUACUCAAGGAAAAGUGGAAUUCUUCAAACCCACAGAGGCCAAACAUGAGAGCUUACGUGAAGACGAUGAAACCAAGAUGCCCUCUGGACCCGAGACUUGAUCAGGACACGGUUCCAUUACUGUACUUGUGUUUUUCUUUUUUUUGGGUGCCUUUUUUUUUUAUUACAUAUAAAAACUUCUGUAAUAACUUCAAGAUUUAAGCCUUGCAGAAUUCAAAGAAUGAAACUUUACACUCACGAAUUCAAAUAAUCAGAUCGGAUCGCCGUUAGAUUCCGACGGAGGAGAUUUUUUGGCGAUGUUGAGAUCACGGCGUUCACGUUCCCGUCACGGCGCACAAGCUUGCGCCGUUAUGUCUGCCGUUCUUCUUCUCGCUUCCGUCUCUCUUCUCUACACUCGUCUCUCACUCUUCUCAUCUCACUCGCCGAUUCACCUCCGCUCCGGCUCCAGCGAAGACGCUGUUUUGUUCCCGGAUUCUCUCCUCGUCUCAGAUUCCGACGUUGAAACCACCGGCGGAGGAGGAAGAGGAUCCACUACCUCAACCGAAGACAGAAUCGACGAGCACGACGAUGCGAUCGAAGACGACGGCGGUUCUAAUGAGGAAGAUGAGAAUCAGGACGCCGAGCAAGAGCAAGAAGUGGAUCUUAAUCGGAACAAGGGUGGUGCUUCUUCGUCUUCGUCUUCUUCUUCUGGGUUUUACUUCGAUCAUGUUAAUGGAGUUAUCAGAAGAGCUUUUAAUAAACGAUCUAUAGAUGAAUGGGAUUAUGAUUACACAGGUUUUAGUAUUGAUUCGGAUAAUUUAGGAGAUAAGAGUAGAGCUGCGUUUGGAUCUGAUGAUGUUCCAUUAGAUGAAUCGAUUCGUAGGAAGAUUGUUGAGGUUACGAGUGUAGAAGAUGCGUUGUUGUUGAAAUCAGGGAAGAAGGUAUCGCCAUUGAGGGAAGGUUGGGGAGAUUGGUUUGAUAAGAAAGGUGAUUUCUUGAGGAGAGAUAGGAUGUUUAAGUCGAAUAUCGAGACGUUGAAUCCGUUGAAUAAUCCAAUGUUGCAGGAUCCUGAUGGUGUUGGGAUUACUGGAUUGACUAGAGGUGAUAAGGUUGUGCAGAAAUGGAGGUUGAAUCAGAUUAAGAGAAACCCUUUUAUGGCGAAGAAGCCGUUGAGUGUUGUUUCAGAGAAGAAGGAACCAAAUGAAGUUAGAGAGAGUAGAGAAAGGAUUAGGUUGCAGAAUAAGGACGAUGGUAGACAUGGUGAAAUCAAGAGAGGUGAACGUAAGACAUUAGACGAUGAUAAGAAAAUUGAGAGAAAGGAACAGACGAAUACAAAAUUUGAGGGGAAGCUUGAUGAGGUUACAGAACAUAUGUAUGCAGAUGGUACGAAAUGGGGAUAUUAUCCCGGUAUAGAACCGAGUUUGUCGUUUUCAGAUUUUAUUGAUUCGUUUUUUAGGAAGGGGGAAUGUUCUAUGAGAGUGUUUAUGGUGUGGAAUUCACCUGGUUGGAUGUUUAGUGUUAGGCAUCAAAGAGGGCUUGAGAGCUUACUUUCUCAGCAUCGAGAUGCUUGUGUUGUAGUUUUCUCAGAGACCGUUGAGCUUGAUUUCUUCCGGAACAGCUUUGUGAAAGACGGUUAUAAAGUUGCUGUGACAAUGCCCAACCUUGAUGAGUUGCUGCAGGAUACUCCUACUCACGUAUUUGCUUCUGUGUGGUUCGAUUGGAGAAAAACUAAGUUUUAUCCUACUCACUACAGUGAACUUGUUCGGCUUGCCGCCCUUUAUAAAUAUGGCGGGGUUUAUCUCGAUUCUGAUGUGAUAGUUUUGGGUUCAUUAUCGUCACUGAGAAAUACUAUCGGCAUGGAGGAUCAGGCAGCCGGUGAAUCACUGAACGGUGCUGUUAUGUCAUUCGAAAAGAAAAGCCCAUUCUUACUCGAAUGCUUGAAUGAGUACUACUUAACUUACGAUGAUAAGUGUUUGCGAUGCAACGGAGCUGAUCUCUUGACUCGAGUAGCUAAACGGUUUCUGAACGGGAAGAACAGGCGUAUGACUCAACAGGAGCUAAACAUUCAACCAUCCUCUGUUUUCUUCCCAAUCAGCUCACAACAUAUAACAAACUAUUUUGCAUACCCUGCAAUAAAAGAUGAGAAGUCGCAGCAAGACGAAUCGUUCAAGAAGAUCCUCAACGAGUCCUUAACGUUCCAUUUUUGGAACAGCGUAACUUCCUCACUGAUCCCUGAACCUGAGAGCCUUGUGGCUAGGUUCCUUGAUCAUUGUUGUAUCAGAUGCUCCGAUGUAUUAUAAAACUAUUUUUGGUAAAACCAUUUAUAUAAAGAUUACAUUUUUUAGAAAAGAGGACGAGCCAUUAAAGCUCCAAUGUUA